UAAUGGUUGACAAAGAAUUGGAUGUAGAUGAACUAGUUGGUACAGUUAAUGAAACUGAUGAAGAAAAUAAUGAGUCUGAUGAAGAUGAUUCACAAAGCGUUGAAAUGACAUCACAAAAUAUUUCUGAAGGUCUUGAAUUAGGCCGGAAAUUAGGAAAUCAUUUUCUACAAUAUGAUCCAAAUGUUGAAAGAGCUCUUAAGUUCCAAAAAUACAUUUCUCAAGGCUUGACCAAAUAUCGGGAGAAAACAUUGAGGUAUCGAGCGAUGAUCCGUCACCAAGCGAUGAAAUACAAUUAGUUGUCGAAGAAAGUGAUGACGAAAAAAUAUGUGUAGGUACAUAUACUGAAAUUGGUUGAAUAUAACUUUUUUUGCUUAACAGUUUAUGUAUUGAUUUUUUGCUAAUAACA